AUGUCGGUUCUAUCACCUCUCUAAAAGAAGAACUUGUAAGUUAUGAAAAGUUCAAAACCUCCUCUCAGUAAAAAAGUUGACUAAUCUGUUAAAUCACACAGCGAAAAUGGAUACUUUUACAACAAUAAAUAAAAAAACUUAAGAAAUACAUGCAGUACUCAAUCAUCAUCAAACUCUUCUAUUUCUCAGUCUUUAUCCUCUUUUGCUCUUUCCUAAAAAAGCUUUAGUAGCUAGAAUUCAGCUAAUGACUUCUCUAUAAAUUCUUAAAUUAAUUGCAAUGAUUUAUUUUAGGAAAAUAUUUUCCUAAACUAUUAUUAGCAGCAAAAAUAAAACUAAAAUGUUUUUAACUCUAAAAGAAUAUCAGUCUUUUCUUCUGUUAAAUCGUUAUCAGAAUUGGAAAAUAUCAGCCAGACAAAUGCUGAAUUUGUUAGCUAAAAUAAAUACUGUUUAGAUGAUUAAAUGUCUAACAUUAAGUUAAGUGUUUUAAAGAGUAAAAAUAACAAUUUUGAAGAUAAAUUUUAGUUGAAAUAAUUUUAAGAAGAAUACAAUUAAAAUAUACAAAAUUAUUAAAAAAACGAAAAAUAGACCAUAAAGAACUAAAAGAGUUGCUAUUUAUCCUCUAACUAAGAAUUAAUUAAUAAUUAUUCAAUUUCAGAUAGAAAUACCUAAAAUAAAAGAUCAAUAAUUAAAAUUCAAAGAAGCAAAUUAAAUUUGGUUCUACCUUAAUAGUAAAAAGUUAAUUAGCUUAACUGCAAAAUUAAUAAUAAAGACCACAAAAACUAAAAUAACUUAGUUUUGCUUGAAUAAUUAAAAGAAGGACAAGAAGUAGACACAUACAAAGCAUUUGAUAGUACCUCAAAACAACUCUGCAUAAUUAAAAGAAUAAAGUCUAACAAGUACGAAAUAUAAGCCAUACAAAGAGACUUAAAAAACCAAUCUUAUCCUUUUAAUUAACAAAACUGUUUUGAUAAUUUACUAAAAUUAGAAGAAAUUUAAUCAGUAGAAUAGAUAAAUAAUACAAUAGCUGAAAAAAAUCAAGGCUAAGAUUAGUUAGUGUACGUUAAAUGCUAAUAUUUAGAAAAUUAGUCUCUUUCUGAUUUACUUUAAUACUCUAAAAUUUUAAAUGAAAAAUGCAUUCACUAAAUUUUUAAACAAGUUUAUUCAAAAAUUUUAAGUCUUUCUAACUCUCAAAUAUAGCUAAGAAACGGAAUAUCAUUUUAAAAUAUACUUUUUGAUAAAGAUUUUUAAGUUGUUUUAGGUCACAGAUUUUCAUCUGAAUCAAUUGAUGAUGAUUUUAAAAGAAUUAAAUAAUUAUCACUCUAUUAUUCAAUCAAUGAGAAAACAGAGUAAAUCUAAGAUCAUAUCUCUAAAUAAUCGUAAAUCAUUCUUAAUUUAGGAUACUUAAUUCUAAAGUCAAUAAUAUCUCCACACUUUUCUAUUUUUUCAUAGUCUUCUUCGUAAAAAUUCAGUAUUAAAAAUUUCAAAUAAAACUACAAAUCUAAGAAUUGCUGUAUUUACCAUGACAUUUGUGAAGUAGCUGAAAAUUAAAUCAAAGGCUCAUUCAUAGAUCUCAGCAAAGCACUAGAAAUAUAAAAAUUCAUUAAAAAUAAUUACUCAUAGAGUAUGAUUGACUUACUUUGUGGUACACUUAAAUAUAAUAUGAAAUAAAGAUAUUCUCUAACUUAAUUAAAUCAAUAUUUUAGCAAUGAUUAGUCCUUCUAAAACUCUUAAGAAAAAAUUUAAAAGUUAUUCUAAGCUGUAAAAAUUAAAAGAAUUUAAUAAUAAAAGUAAGUACUGAUUGAACAAGCCCAAAAAGAAAUUAAAUAAAUUAAGGAAUUAAUAUCUAAUUUGAAAGAUAAUAAAGAAGAAACUGCCUUAGAAAUCUCAAAAUAGAUACUUUAUGAAGGAAUUUUCACACCAAAUUAAGUUUACUAGUAAUUUUUAUCAUGA